AGAGCUACCUCGGAGGAAUCCAGGAGGAAGUAGGCUCUGAUUUCCGGUGUUCUGAUGUGCUUGCUUCUUGACUCUUAAAAGGCAUCAAUGCUCAGGCCCGGAAGUUGCAGAGGAACCGAGCGAAGGGGGCCACGACGCUGAUGCCAGGAUGUAAGCGCAACUCCACCCCACCUUCACUGCGCCGUACGGUCAGCGAGACCAGCCUGAGCUACACCGGCACCCAGGGAGAGGAGCUAAAACACCAUUAUUCCACUUUGCCAGAACCCAGCCACAGCCUGGAGGAUUCUGUGGAGGAGCCUUCGGCCCCCGUGGAAGAGAGGAACGGCAGCAGCAACAUGCGCUACUCUCUCUACCAGUCCCCACAUCUCCUGCUUUUGCAGGGCUACAGUCAGCAGCAUGAUAGCUUAGUUUACCUGCUCAACCGUGAGCAGCACACGGUGGGUCAAAGGACUCCCUCCAGCAAGCCCAGCAUCAGCCUGUCUGCGCCGGAUAUCCUGCCCCUCCACUGCACCAUCAGACGGCUCCGCCUGUCCAGCCACUCUCGUCACUACCAGUCAGAGGAGAGACUCGUCCUGGAGCCUAUCCCUGGGGCCAUCAUCUCCGUUAACUUCUCUGAAGUGGGCAAACCCACGGUACUCCACCACGGAGAUCUGCUUUCUCUAGGGCUCUACUACCUGCUCCUCUACAAGGACCCAGUGCGAGCCCAGCCCCUGCCCACCCAGACCCUGGCCAGGCUCAAGGCUGUGCCACGCCCCUCCGAACCGGUCACCUGCAGGAUGUGUGGCACCGUGCUGAGGGGCAGAGCCCCUCCCUCCUCCAAGCGGCGAGGGGGCUUGCCCAGCCUGAAGGCCCCCCGACGCCAGCUGCACCUGGAGUUUGAGCGGGCAGUGGAGGAUGUGUUGGUGAAGAGGAUCAUGACCUUGAUCGAGCCCGGGGGUGACGACCACAAGCUGACCCCGGCGUUUCUCCUCUGUCUCUGCGUCCAGCAUUCUGCCACUAGCUUUGAGCCAGGAGAGUUUGGGCAGCUGCUACUCAAGUUGACCAAGAUGAUUCAGAGGACCGUCUGGGAGAAAACCAAAGAACUAGCUGAGAAGCAGACUCAGCAUCAAGAUCCCGUCUCCCUAUCCCGGUUUACCAUUGCUGACCUAGUCCCGGACCUACAGCACAUCCUUUUUUGGAUGUCCAACUCCAUUGAGCUCCUGUACUUUGUCCAGCAGAAGUCCCCACUUUACAUCCAGAGUAUGGAGGAAGAGUUGGAUGUCAAGGGUUCGAAGGAGUCACUGUUUUCUUCGACCAUCACAGCCAGUGAGGAAGCCAUGACAGUAUUAGAAGAAGUGGUCAUGUACACCUUCCAGCAGUGUGUUUAUUACAUCUCCAAGUCCCUGUACGUCUCCCUGCCUGUCCUGCUGGAGUGUAACCCUUUCCAUCCAGAGGGCCGAGAAGGCUGGUGUUCAGCCCCUCAGCUGCCCGAAGAGAUCCAUCGCAUCGUGUCCAUCUACCAGGCCACUCUGGACCUUCUACGGCAGUACGAAGUCCACCCAGAGAUCACCUCCCAGAUGUUUGCCUACCUCUUCUUCUUUUCCAACACGCUGCUGUUCAACCAGAUCUUGGACAAAGGGCCUGCCCUGAGCUGCUUCCACUGGCCGAAGGGGGUGCAGGUGUGCGCCCACCUGCGGCAGCUCCUGGAAUGGGUGCAGCGAAUGGGCUUUGGACCCCUGGCGGAACAAUUCUUCAGGAAGCUCUCCUGCACUACCAACCUGCUGGCCACACCAAGUGCCCAGCUGGUGCAGAUGUCCUGGUCAUCCCUGCGGGCCGAAUUCCCGGCCCUGAACCCUGCUCAGCUGCACCGGCUGUUGACUCAGUACCAGCUGGCAUUUGACAUGGGAUCCAUGAGCGCCUGGGAGCCUGGAGAGGAAGACAACCCGGCGGCCUUCAGAACAGAGGAAGUCCUGGAGUCAUAUGAUAACCACCCGCCCAUCGUCCUGCCAAGUGCAGGGUUCAAGGUAGACUUGGAGGUGGACUAUCUGGAUGACAACAUCUACCGGCACCUCCUGUACAUUCGCCACUUCCUGUGGAGCCUGCAGAGCAGAGAUACAAACGCCAGCGGCCUCCCCGAGUUAGAGAGCCUGAAGGGUCCACGCCUCAUGGUGCCUGAAGGGAGCACAGAGGACUGGGGGUGCCUGGGCCCUGGGGACAGUGACCCACUGGAUUUCAGACAAGUUGGUGGUAGGGAGGCCAGGAAUGGAACUGGGACCUUCACCCUUGCUACUAACGGGCCCCCCCCGGCUCAGACCACCAGGGAGCCCCCGCUCCAAGAGAAGUUGAAGCUGCAGAGUGGCCUGGGCCGGAGCGGGCUCAGAGCAAGCUCCUUGCAGGCGGAUUCCUCCUGUCUGCUCACUCCCCCCAACACACCGCUCAGCUUCGAGCCCAGGAGCCAGGACUCACCCCAGCCCAGUGGUGAUUCUGGGAAAGCCCUUGUGGAGCUGAGAAGAAACGGCCUGAACGCCACCAAACCUGCAGCUCAAGAAGGAGACUCUCCCACCCUGUUCGACUAUCCUACCCCAGCUUCCUCCAGCCGUAGCUCAGCCACAGAUGAUUUCUGCUACGUCUUUGUGGUGGAGUUAGAGAAAGGACCCAUUGGCCUGGGGAUGGGCCUGAUCGAUGGGCUGCACACACCUCUCAACUCCCCUGGGAUCUACAUCAGGACUUUGAUCCAGAACAGCCCUGCAGCAUCUGAUGGAAGGCUUUCUCUCGGAGACCGGAUCCUCGCUGUCAAUGGCACCAGUUUGAUUGGUGCAGAUUACCAGAGUGCAGUGGACCUGAUCCGAUCUGGUGGAAAGAAGCUGCGGUUUCUGGUUGCCAAGUCUGACCUGGAAAUAACCAAGAAAAUCAGCUCAAGCACCUCUCCCUCCUAGGUGUGUUGCAUGGGGUGCCUCCCCAGCUCCCUUCUAGAACAAACUGGCAGUCGAGAGGUGGAGGGGUGUCAGGAAAGCCAUAACUAACCUGGUAUAUUUGGCAUCUGCUUUCUAAGCUGCAUUGUUUGUUGUGUGCCCAAGUCUGUAUUUCAUGCAUAGAGACUGUGCUAGGGAAGAAUAGCAAAGUGUUUGUUUAGUGUGGGUGGUUGUUGUUGGCUCCCAUUUGUACAAACUAAACAAUGCAGACAUCAUAUGUGACUCAUCACAGAGCUGAAAGCAUGGAGGUUCAGCUCGUGCAGUUUAUCCUUUCAGUUAUUGCAGCUCCACUUGUGCCCAGUUGAGAAAGUCCCUCAGUGAAAAGCUGCUCUCAUUAUCCAUUACUAAAGUUGAUGAUGAGGAUGAUGGAGUGCCAUGUCGAGGAUGACAGAUAAACCCUGGACCUGAGACUUCAGGAAUGAGAAUCUGUGCCAAAAAAUUGAUUCUAGAUAUAGGGGUUUGCACAGUAUUGCUUAAACCGGCCAGUCCUGUUCUCACUGGGGUACAGGGUGAAACAAGCGAGUAGGCGGGGAGGGAUGUGGGACCCAUUUGUGGCCAAAGUGACUGCAGCAGAAUUCUUGCUGGCCUGUUCACUUCAUGGCCCAUCCAUCCUGACAGUUCUUCCGUCAAGGAAAUGAAACCAUAGUGAGGGCCAUAGUGGGUAGAACUGGGAUUAGAACCCAGGUCUCUUGCUUGUCAGAGUAGUGCUCACACACCAAAGUCCACUCAUGCUGUAGCAUGCUGUAGUGGACCAGUCUGUUCUAAUUCUCCUCAACCAAAAAUACCGGGUUCUUGUACUGGUCCCUUAGAUUUUCAGAAGGGGGACUACGAAAAAAGGCAGGGCUGUGCCAGUACUGGGAAGCAAUGCUUUUUUCCAUACUGGUGUUCUGGCACCCAAUGAUCCAAGUAUAAGCAAGUUCCCUAGUAGAAGGGUAAAAUGGCACUCAGCUGCACCCAGAGAGAAACUUACCUAGCACCCACAGCUCUCCUGAAGGAAGGAAGCUCAAGGCCAGGGAGCCAGCAGCUGAUGGGAUUCUGGUCUUCCUGGUUUAUAAUAAAAGCACACAAAUAACUUUCUACUUUGCUUCCAGGGCCCCAGCCCAGGGUUAUCCAGGUGCCUGAGUCAACCAGAUUUCUGGUUCUUACCCACUGCUGUCAGAAGCUGAGCUUUUUAACAGCUGCCUGGAGCCUGUGAGCCGAGGUAGUGUGAGGUAUUGGAAACCCCUCCCUAUGCAUGAGUCUUGCUUGGCUGCACUGUGGGCGUUACCCUAAGUGCCUUUUCUGGAGAUGUUAAUGGGCAGUGCCAAAUUCAACCUGGCCCCAAAACAAACAUUCCCCUUUUAGGAACUUACUCAUAGUUCAGACCGUUAGUUUGAGAAUUGUCGCCUGGCGAACUUUAUUACCACAAAGCUUUCCAGCCCCCCGGGGAAGAGCAAAGCAAUGGUACAACCUUGUGGCCCAGCCCUCUCACAGCAGCCUUCCAGGGAAUGGAUUUGGGUUGCAAACGAUCAAAGCUGAUUAAAAACGAAGCUCUCGUGCCACAGAAAGCAUUCCCUAAAGAUGGUUGUGGCUUUUCUAAAUCUCAAUGCUGCAAAUGGCAGAUUGAGUCCCCUGCCUCCCCCUCCUCCCCUCCCACAGUUAAUCUAAAUCUCCAAGUUUCUCUCCAGGUUCCAGGCAGGUCUUUUUAGCAAAGUGAGGAGGAACCAGGCCAGAGCCUUGGGCCCAGAAACCCCACAUCAUUUUCUUUUAUGAUGGCAAUUUGUGUCAGAGGCAGGGCAAUGGAGCCAGGGAGACUGAUAAGUCUGGGGCUUUGGUCUCUCAGCCUCAUUUCCUCCAAAUUGGGUACCACCCUAUUGUUUUGUUUAUCUGAGUACUACCUUACUUCCACAAUGAAUCAUUAGCUGACUUGUCAAGUUCCACUUUGGAGGGGUCACUACCAGCAAGACACUUAAUAGAUGUUUCCUCAUUAUUCUUGUUAAUAUUGUACAUCUUACUGUGGAUAAAAUUAUAUCUGAAAAGUAACAGCACUAAAUGUUGCAGAUUUGUUACAGACCUUAUAUGUUUAAAGAUGAGUAAAGAAGAAACUGGUUAUAAUAAAGUAUUUACUUUCUUAUGCUUA